GCGGCGGGGAGGACUCUGGCUGUGGGGCUCCCAGCCGGAAGGCCCCCGGCUGUGGGGACGUGUCUCUGCGCUGCCGGGCCGAGCGUGUGGCUGUCGCGAGCCGCUGCCAUGGCGUCGGCCAGCCUGGUGGAGAAGCUGCAGCUCCGCGUGCGGGAGCUGGAGGAGGCGCUGGCCAGGGAGCGGGGCGGCGGGCAGGGCCAGCGGGCUCGCAUCGAGAGGAUGAGCCCGGACGUGACCGACUCCAACCCCUACAGUCGCCUUAUGGCAUUAAAACGAAUGGGAAUUGUGAAAGAUUAUGAGAAAAUCCGUACCUUUACGGUAGCAGUAGUAGGUGUUGGUGGAGUUGGCAGUGUGACUGCUGAAAUGUUGACAAGAUGUGGUAUUGGUAAGCUGCUACUGUUUGAUUAUGACAAGGUGGAGUUGGCGAACAUGAACAGGCUCUUCUUCCAACCUCAUCAAGCUGGACUAAGUAAAGUGCAGGCAGCGGAGCACACUUUGAGGAAUAUUAAUCCUGAUGUUCAGUUUGAAGUACAUAACUACAAUAUCACAACAGUGGAUAACUUCCAACAUUUCAUGGACAGAAUAAGUUAUGGUGGGUUAGAAGAAGGGAAACCUGUUGAUCUUGUACUGAGCUGUGUGGACAACUUUGAAGCUCGUAUGGCAAUUAACACUGCCUGCAAUGAGCUUGGACAAACAUGGAUGGAAUCUGGAGUGAGUGAAAAUGCAGUCUCAGGACAUAUACAACUUAUCAUACCUGGUGAAUCUGCUUGUUUUGCGUGUGCUCCCCCGCUUGUAGUUGCUGCCAAUAUUGAUGAAAAAACAUUAAAACGAGAGGGAGUUUGUGCAGCCAGUCUUCCUACCACUAUGGGAGUAGUUGCGGGGAUUCUUGUACAAAAUGUUCUGAAGUUUCUAUUAAAUUUUGGUACUGUGAGUUACUAUCUUGGUUACAAUGCGAUGCAGGAUUUUUUUCCAACUAUGGCCAUGAAACCAAAUCCACACUGCGAUGACAAAAAUUGCAGGAAACAGCAGGAAGAAUACAAGGAAAAAACGGCUGCACAACCAAAACAAGUAGUAGUUGAACAGGAAGAAGAAAUAGUGCAUGAAGACAAUGACUGGGGUAUUGAGCUAGUAUCAGAGGUUUCAGAAGAGGAGCUGCAGGCUGCUUCUGGUCCACUUCCUGAUCUUCCAAAGGGAAUUACAGUAGCAUAUACUAUACCAAACAAGGAAGAGAAUGUUGUAGCUGGGGAAACAGUGGCAGAGUCUGAGGAAAGCCUAGAAGAACUCAUGGCGAAGAUGAAGAACAUGUAGGCAAAUGGAAUAUUGAAUUAAACAUUUGGGAUCUUGCACUAGAGCUGGAUCCAGAAAUAAGGUCCUGUAAGAAAUUCCAGUCUUAAAACUUGAACUUUUGGUAAAACAGAACUAUAAAAACUUGCAGAUGGCAUCUCAUAACUGUAUUCUGGUGUCUAUCUAUAUACUGCUUUAAAAUACCAAGUUGUACUACUGUAAGUUUUCAUUUCUCAUCAUGCUAGGGUCCAAAUCUCUAGGGGAAAAUUAAAGAUAAUAGACAAACUGACACAAAGUUAAGCAUGGUGCCUGAUGUGGAAUGAUAUUCCACAUGUUGGCAAUAUUGGGGGAAAUUAAAGGUGGAGUAACCUUGUCUGGAUAGAGUGGUUCAGGGGAUUGAUAAUGGAGUCUUUAACACGUACGUUAGUGCUUCAAAUGCAUACCAGACUUGUGGUAGUUAUCAUAGAUAUCCUAGAAUAUCAGGGUUGGAAGGGACUUCAGGAGGUCAUGUAGUCCAACCCUGUGCUCAAAGCAGGACCAAUCCCCAAUUUUUGCCCCAGAUCCCUAAAUGGCCCCCUCAAGGAUUGAACUCACAACCCUGGCUACUGUUCAAUGGGCUAUGUUGUCUAAGUUCGUAGCGUGGAUAUACCUGUUUUGUGGGUAAAUGGAAGGCUUCAAUCUUUUCAUAGGCCAUAAAUUUCACUAGAAAAAUUGUAAAGGGUUGAGUGAUUUGUCAGUUUGUGUCACAUCCCUAUUCUUUCUUAAACAAGUAUUUGUGCAUACAUUGCUUUGUGUUUGAUAGUGGUGUGAGUAUGCAGUUGUAAGGCACAAGUGUUUUGGUAUGAAUUCUUUGUUACCUGAUCAAUGACUGAGUUGACCAAAACAGCUCCUAACAUGUCAUCACUGCAGUUGUCAGCCAUGUGUUUACAUAGUAAAAAUGCUUAUGACUUAUCACUAAAAAAAAUUAACGGCACAGGAAAUUUCAGUCAUUUCAAAAACACCUACAAACCUUUCUUUGUUUACUUUUAAAAGCUAGUUAUUCUAAAAUCCAUUUAGAAUUAUUUAUUUGGCUAGCAUUUAGCUCAGGGGUCGGGACUCCUCAAGGGGUCACAAGGUUAUUACGGGGGUUGGGGGGAGGAAGUUGCGAGCUGUCAGCCUCCACCCCAAACCCCGCUUUGUCUCCAGCAUUUAUAAUGGUGUUAAAUAUAUAAAAGUGUUUUUAAUUUAUAACAGGGAGUCACACUCAGAGGCUUGCUAUGUGUACAAAAGUUUGAGAAUCACUGAUUUAGCUAUUACUUUACAUGGCUGACAGCUUUAUAAAAAGGCAACUAUUUACAAUUUUAUCCUAUGUACAGUUUUACAAAAAUAGUAAUUAAUACAUAUAUAAAAUUACUGGAGAGAUGUUAUUAGUGUAUGCAAAAUAGUUCUUGACUUCUGACUAUAGUUAGUAAAGCAACUUUUACACUUGCCCAUUCCAAAUUGUAAAGUGAGGUGGUGGAGUCAAGACCUAACUUUGCAGAAGAUUGUGUACCAGUAUUUAAAAAUAAUU